AUGCGGCAAAAUUACCAGCCCCAUCCCGAGCCUCCUGCGUCGCCGUCUCUGUCCCCUUCGCUCGGCCCUUCCCUGUCGCACAUACGAUCGCCAUCCUUGUCGCCUGCGCUGUCGCCUGCACUGUCGUCGCGUUCAACGCCGCCGGCGUACUAUCGCACGCGUUUGUCGGAGCCAGCUCAAGCGACACGUCAGCAGCAGCCCGACCUGAUGUGGCAUGACGUCAUGGCAGAGCUGGUGCGCCGCGGGCAGCUGACGACAGCCGUUGAUGUGUUGGAACAGGCCGUUGCUGACGGGACACAGUUCGAGCCGCUCUCCCCGCUCUCUCUAUCCGAACAACCGAGCUCCACCGCCACGUCAGCAGAUCCUCCCACCACGGCGGCUGUGCGCAGCCUGUUCGCGGCGCUCCAGAAAGCGGGCGGCCCGGCGGAGCAGGACAACUGGCAGCGCGAGGGGCGGCACCUAUUGGGGCUCGCAUCGCGCGCAUUGGACGCUGUCUCGGCUGCUGGCUGGAGGGAUCCUCUGCCGUUCACCUGUCUGAUCACCAUGCUCCAGCGCGCCUGCCGCUCGCACGAGCUGCUCUCAUUGGUGGAGCGCAUGCGCGCCCUAGACGUGCCCCUGGACGCUUACACGCUCACCACCGCACUCGGCGCCGCCAUGCGCGUUGCUGACGUGGUUGCCGCUGAAGCCAUCUGGGCCGAAAUGACCGCCGCGAGUCGCGCCGGAUCCGGCGGCGCUGGCGAUGCUGCUGCUGGUGCAGCUGCCGCCGCCGCCCCAUCUGCCGUCGCGUUCACGAUGAUGAUGUCGCUGUACGGCCGUGCCGGCCGCCUCGACGACGCGCUGCGAAUGUUCCGCGAAAUGAAGGCCGCGGGAGUCGCGCCGGACGGCAAGACCUAUUCCACCUUAAUCGGCUCACUCGCGCGUGCGCUAAGAGCCGAUGACGUCGAGGAAUUAGUACAUGAGAUGACGGAGGGGGCUUCCGCCUCUCCCGCCGCCACCGGCGGCGCGUCUCCCUCGCAGCGCGUUCCGCCGUCGGUGUACACGAGCCUAGUCAGCAUGUACGGGCGGCUGGGCCGGCUGGAUGACGUGGCGCGCGUGCUUCGCGAGAUGCGCGCGCGCAAGGCGCAGGCGGAGCAGAGCCUGUUCGUGGAGGCGGUGAAGGGGUGCACUGUGGCGCAGCGCAAGGCCACCGCCGCCGCCUCGUCCCUCCGCUCUUCCCCGCCCUCCCCGUCCGCGCAGGCAGGGGACGCGCCCGCGGAAGAUGCAAGCGCAGGGGCAAGGGCGGGUGUGGGGGCAGCAGGGUUUGACAAGGGCGGGGAAAAGUCGAGGGGGACGGGGGCAUGGCAGGUGCAGGCUCCGCAAGCGGGUGCGGGGAGUAGGGUGGGCGGAACGAGCGGAGGGGGAAUGAAGGGACGGGGAGGGCAGCAAUGGCGGGAAGGCAAUGGCGGAAGAAACGGAUGGGCGCAAGGCGGAGGCGGAGGCGGGGGAGGGGGAGACAGGGGAGGCGCGGCGGCCCCCGCCCAGUCCGAAUACUCGUGGUUCUCGCGCAUUCUGCAGUGCAAGCGGCAGAGGAACUUCCAGGAAGCAGCGCGGGUAUACGAGCGCAUGCGGGCGGCGGGAGUGAAGCCGCAGCAGCAGACGCUGAGCCUGGCGAUGGAGGUCAUGGGCGAGCUGGGCAACGUGCAGGGCGCUGAGCGCGCGCUGGAAGAAGCUGAAGCUGCUGGCACGCCUGUGGACAUUGUGUGUUUCAACACGCUGCUGAACGUGUACGCCAAGGCAGGGAAGUCAAGCAAAGCGCAGGCAGUGUUCACCCGCAUGCAGGGGGCAGGGGUGACGCCCAACACGCGCUCAUACACCGUGCUGCUCAAAGCACUCUCCAAGGACGGCCGCGGCAAGGAGGCUGUUGCUGCGUUCCGAGCCAUGGAGCGUGGCGGCUGCCAUUUGGAUGAGAUCGCCUACAACACGGUGAUCAACGCGUGUGGCAACGACCUCCCAGUGGACGAGACCCUCCGCCUGCUCCGCGCCAUGCGCCGCAGUGGCUACCGCCCGAACCUUGUCACCCGCAACCUGGUCCUCUCGCUCCUGGUCAAAGCCGGCCGCACGGCGGACGCCAGCGAGCUGUUUGAGGAAGCCAGGGCAGCGGGCGAGGAGGACGCGUUCAUGUACUGCACCAUGGCGCAUGCGUUCGGGCGGCGGAGGGAGCUGGAGCGCAUGGAGGGCGUGCUGGGGGAUGCGGCUGCGCGAAGGAUGGUGUCGCUGCCGCUGCUGAAUGCGUGCAUGGACGCGUAUGGCAAGGCAGGGCUGCUGGCGAAUAUGGAGACCUGCCUGGCGCGCAUCCGCUCGUUUGACUUUGUGCCCAACCACACCAGUUUCAACAUAGUGAUCCAUGCAUACGGCAUGGCGGGAAUGAUCCCUGAGAUGGAGGACGCACUAGCCCGCAUGAGGCGCAGUGGCCUGCGCCCUGAUGUGUACUCGUACAACAUCCUCAUCGGCGCCUAUGGCGACGCGGGCAUGCCAUGGGCAUCAGUGAGCAUGGUGCAGCACAUGCACGCUGAGGGACUGCUGCCCGAUCAAGUCACCUACCAGAACCUGGUCUCGGCGUUUGAGAGAGCCGGUGACUUCCUGGAAGCUGCACGCUGGUCGCUGUGGAUGAAGCAGGCUGGGUUUUCUCCCUCUGGUGAGUCCCACUGCCUGUCCCCACUUCCUGGCUUCCUCACCUCACUCCCACACUAG